GUCCUUCUUCAUCUCCUUUGUGAGAUGAUGGGUGUAAGGUUUUGGGUCUGUUUAAUUUGAAAUCGUGCGAAACUCUUUAGUUGGUGCCUGGAUACUGGCCCUCGGUGCUGCUGCUCAACCGGAAAUUCAUCAAUUUUUGAAGCUGCCUCCAAAAUUGGGCUCUGGAUUGCUGAUUGUUGUGGAUGCUUUGAAUAUUUCUGCUAAUGGCAAGGUUAGAAAAUACAUUGCCUUCACUACAGAUUUCUUUAACUGUAAUUUCUCUCUGCAUAUUCAAGUCAUGGGUAUUGCCAUCCCGAAAGUUGUCGUAGGUGGAGAGCUACUCAAAGGUCAAUUGAAAGGUCUCCAGCAAACUGUAACCAAAGCCAUGACAAAUGGAGUCUCUACAAUUAUUAUAAUUUUGAACCUAGUUCCUCCUCAAGAUACCGGGAUUCAAAACAAUGCCUGUAGGAAGAAGCGUAGUCAAAGGAAGAAGGGACAUGGCCACGUCUUUUCCCAUAAUGAGGUUGUUAAUUCACCGGGAGAGCGAAUGGAAUGGAAGAAAGUACUCUCGCCUAUGUCUUCUGCGGUUUUGGUUGGUACAGAUAUUUUUGAAGGGGUUCCAAAGCCAAAGGCAUCAAUUCCAAUGACACAUUCGGAACAGGAAAUUUUGAUGGACUACACCAUUGCAAUUAAUACUCUCAACCCAGAGGAUAAGCCCACUCUUAAAGAUGCAGAAGCUCAGUGUAUCAAUAUGGCUGGCGAUGGGCAGAAUGCUCUUUUAAAGGAGGACUCUACAUCCUUACUUUAUGAGGCUGAUGCGCAUCAAUGGUGGCAGGGUAGAAAGAUUUUCACUUCAAAUAGAUCAACUGCCUUUGGUUUCAUGAAUGUUCUUUCAUGGAAUUGUAGAGGCAAGAAUAAUGCCUCCUCUAAGCAUGUAUUAGGUCUUACUGGAGGAUUAGGUCUCUUUUGGAUAGAUGGUGUCCGGCUUAGUGUGCUUAUGCAAAACUCAAAUGUAAUAGUAGUUAAAGUAUGUGAAGCAACAGGGGUAGAGUGGUUAGAUAUUUAUCUAUACGGUCUUCCUUCUCGGCAAGGAAGAACUGAAUUUUGGAACCAACUGAGUGACACCAUUAGAGGCUUAAAUUAUCCAAGUGUUAUUCUUGGAGAUUUUAAUCAGGUUGUUAAUCAGGAUGAUAAGUUUGGGGGCAGACAAGUAAGAGAUCAAGAUACCAAAGGACUUCAGCAUUUCCUCUCACAAAAUGAUCUUGAAGAACUGAAGCAUUCGGGCCGUUGA